UUCAUCUCUGAGCUUCACUUUGAACCUCAAAAUGUUGUUCCGCAAUUUGAUACCCGCGGCCAUUGCGCUGCUCCCCGCCCUUGCCGCGGCAUCCUCCGUCAUCGACCUCGAACCCUCCAACUUCGACAAAGUCGUCCUCAAGUCUGGCAAGCCCGCCCUUGUAGAGUUCUUUGCUCCAUGGUGCGGCCACUGCAAGAACCUCGCUCCUGUUUGGGAAGAGCUCGCCACCGUCUUCCAGCACGCUGGAGACAAGGUCACCGUUGCUAAAGUCGAUGCGGACAACCACAAGUCAUUGGGCAAGCGGUUCGGUGUAUCAGGCUUUCCUACCCUCAAGUGGUUCGACGGAAAAAGCGACAAACCAACCGACUACACCGGAGGACGUGAUCUCGAGAGCUUGAGCAAAUUCAUCCAAGAGAAGACAAGCAUCAAGCCCAAGGUCAAGGGCAAGCUCCCUAGCCAGGUCGUAUACCUCGAUGACAAGACCUUCAAGGAGAAGGUUGGAAAGGACCAAAAUGUGCUUGUUGCUUUCACCGCUCCGUGGUGCGGACACUGCAAGACCCUCGCCCCCGUCUGGGAAACCCUCGCCAACGACUUCGUCAACGAGCCCAGCGUUCUGAUUGCCAAGGUUGAUGCUGAAGCUGAGAACGCAAAGGCUCUUGCUACUGAGCAGGGCGUGUCUUCUUACCCCACAAUCAAGUACUUCCCCAAGGGAUCCACCGAGCCCCUCCCAUAUGAGGGCGCCCGCGACGAGAAGGCCUUUAUCGAUUUCCUCAACACAAACGCUGGUACACACCGUGCCGUUGGCGGCAGUCUCGAUGCCACAGGUGGCACCAUCGAGGCCUUCAACAGCAUCAUCUCAAAGUUCCAGGGCAAGUGGGCUGAUGGUGCUACCGAGGCCAAGACUCUUGCCGGAACUCUGCAGGACAAGUACGCUGAGUACUACGUCAAGGUUUUCAACAAGAUUGGCGCCAACUCGGGUUACGCUGCGAAGGAACUCAAGCGCCUUCAGGGUUUGAUUGCCAAGGGUAACUUGGCACCCGAGAAGAUGGACGAUCUCGUCAGCAGGAGCAACAUCUUGAGCAAGUUCAUCGCAGAUGAUUCAGAGGAGAAGAACGAGCUGUAA